GGUUCAAUUACGAAGUAUUGAAAGGUAAGCUUGGGUUCCUCUAUUCCAUUCUUUUUCUGGUAAAAAAAAGCAGCUUUUCAUCAUAGAAAUUGGCUGCUUUGGAUAUGGUUGAGCCAAUGUUUGAAAGGUCUCUGGUUAAUUAUCUGGACAACCAUGCCGAUGGGUCGGUGCCAAUCACUUCUUUCCCGGUAGUCAAGCUUAGUAAAUCGGAGCUUAAUGAACAAUUGCAUCCUAUAUUAAUCAAUAGUGAUACCGGUGAGUGCAACCAAAACCUAUGCACAUAUUUUAAGAUCAUCAUUGAUAAUUUAUACUUCCCAGAUGGAGAGACACCAAGCAAUUACCAUCAUCUCUCAAUUUACGCUUUGAAAUUGCUUGAUCUGAAUCUUUUUGUUAAGAACUAUAGGUGGUGUGUUGGGAAGAUCUUGAGUUUACUCCAAGUUUUCAUUGAUAUUCAAAACUGCCCAGAUGAAUUCGGUACUAAUAAAGAAUUACAGAGAGAAAGUGUUUGUAUGAAAGAAUUUCUUUGUAUAAUACUUUUGCUUCUACUUAAGUUGAAAAAUGAGCAAAAUAUUAAUGAAUUCAACCACGAAGAAAGCAUGCAUCCUAAUUUUAGAUCCAUUGAUGCUGAUUCACUCUUUGAGGUUUUAAUAGAUCUUGAUUUUGUAACUAUAAUUGGAAAUUUGAUAUCUGCCCAUAUAACUCACUCCGAAGUCAAUCACGCUUCCUUUGUUUUCCUUAAAUUUAGUGCCGAUAUCCUAUUUGAGUACUUGUAUAACGUUGUUUUAUUAUCGGAUCAAGAAUUUCAUAGCUUGACCAACCAAACAAAUCUCAUUCCUAUUCUCAUUAAAGAUUUGCUUUCAAAUGAAAACUUCAACAAUUAUGAUAUUGAUGGUGAUGAUUUUGAAGAUGAAGAUAAGUUGAUUGCUUACGAAGAAUUUAAAUUGCUUCUUCUCAUCAACGAACAAUACUUAAUGAAAUCUUAUAGCGCAAGAAGUAUGAGCAAUAAAGUUUUCGAAGGAUUAAUCAAUGGUGUGGAUAAUGUGUCUCUCCAUGAGAAAAAUUCUGCUUCCCGUAGUAGCAUAUCGGGUUUUAUAAAUUUAUUGGUCUAUCAUAUAAACAGAGAAGAGUCUCAUAUUAUCAAAAUAUUGAUUCUUAAAUUUCUAUACUUGGUUUUUACAACAUCCUAUACUACAAAGUUGCCAUAUGUCAAUGACUUGAAGAUCUUGAUUGAUAUAUUUAUUCGUGAACUUAAUGAUCUUGAUUAUACAGAUGAUUCUUCUGACGAGAAUAGAAUACUUAUCAUUACUUACUUGAAAGUAAUGUAUCCAUUAUUGAUGUUCUCUCAAUUAAGUGAACUUCAACAGGGUUAUAAAACUAAGGAAAUUCUAGAAUUACUUCAUAAUUUAAUUCUCAAUGGGGACUCUUCCAAUAAAUCGACAACUAACUCUGAUGACAAACAAGAGAAUAUCGUUGCCAAACUCGCUAUGAAAUGCUUGUCAGUUUCUUGGUUGAAAAGAAAGAAAAAAUCAUCAUCUCCUGGGUCUGAUUCUUCAAAUUCUAGCUCUCCAGUAAUUACAAACAAUUCAUUGAAACAUAAUAAUAAUAACAAUUCUUCGGAUGCGUCCUUAGAGUCCAAACUGAGCUUGUCCAAUACACACGAUAUAGCCGGGACCCUUGAUCUGAAUGAUUCAUCUGACUCUCUUGCUGCGUCCUUCACUAGAAUUGCAUCUGUUAGAGCAUCCACAAUAAACGACUAUCACCAACACACAACUCUGCAUAACCUUGCAACAAGUAACACUGCCGAUAGCCAUAAUUCAAUUGUUGAGAACAAUGGUAACAUCUUUUUGCAAGAUUCAAUCUCCAAGAUGACUAUAAAACAACCAAAUGAAACUAGAAAAUCCAAUUUAUUAGAUUUACCUAAAGAAUACUUGAAAGAAAAGCCACUACCCCCAGUUUAUGAAUUCUAUUCCGGAAAUAGAUCUAAUGCAUCGUCUAACUCGAAUAUCUCUACCUCUUCUUCAAAUUCCUUACUUCAGAAAGCGUUGAAGAAAAAGGCACCACCACCUCCUCCUCCUCCACACUUGAAAGGUCAUAUCAAUGUACCGUCUAGACAGCAUAAUGAUUCCAAGAUUGCACCUCCUCCACCUCCUCCAAGACGCAGGCGUUAAAACAUUCCCCAUAAUUUGUCUUUUUUUUUCAGCAUAACAAAUAUUGAUCAUAGAUCUCCUUCACUUACUACUUGAUUCUGUAACUCAUAUCUUAUUCUACUAGCUUUUUCCAUUUAUUCCUUUCUCAUUUGUUCUUUUAUUUUGAUUUGCUUGCUGUAUUCCAUUUCUUGUUUUAUUAUAAAAUAACUUUUGGGUGACGACUCACUCCGUGUUUAGAUACUAAUAAAAAAG